GUCAAGACAUGGUCGCUAAGCAACCUCAAGGACCUUCGGUCGAAAAAAAGGCGCGAGCUAAAAGUAAAAACAUUGCAAAAUACAAGCAGAAAUAGCCUCUCUAAUCUAAAUAUAAUGAGCACUUGUUAGUUCAAGGAACUGAUAGAAGCACCUGGUAUUUCAGAAUUGUGCUUUAAAGCGCGUUUUGUGCAAAAUUUUGGGCUACGUUUUGGAAUUCAAGAUGGCGGGCAAAAAUCAGAUGUGUGGAAUAAGCGGGAGUGAAGGGAACGAUGCAGGGGCUUUAACUGCAGAACAACAAACGAAGCUAAACCAGUUCAAGAUAGACACCAGAAUUGAAAAUGAAAGAUAUCUGAGAGACCAUCCAGAGGUUUCUUGCCUACUUACUGGCUUUUUAGGGAGUAUUCUACAAGAAAGGCCUGAAAAUGUCAGAGAAUUUGCUGCAGGAUACUUCUCGGACAAGACUCUACCUGACAGAGUCGCUGUCCAGGUGAAUGAAGUCAAACAGAAGCUGAACCGCGCAAAGAAACAAUAGAUAGUGGUGUACCAACUUAAUCUGCAUUGUGUGCUAAGAGUACAAGUCAUCAUGACAAAUGUAUAAACCGAAUCACAUAGUGUUAUUUUUUGUAAUUAUAUUAUAUUCCUUGUAUUUAUUUCUCUCAAAGUUGCGAUUAAAGUCAAACGAAGUGAUA